CGACAACGUGGACGAUAAAGUCACAGAUCGCGCAUCGCAGCGCUGAACUCGCCUGGUUCGCAUCGCAUCGCAUAGUCUGUCUCCUCCGUGCGAUCCAUGUGAAAAUCGACAUUAACUAUCAGCUUAAUUGCUCUGGAUUACUUAUUGGAUAUCAUCCUGAUUUUGGAUUAUAAAAACUAAUACGACAUGUUUUGCAUAAAUAAUGCAAUGAUUGCCUUCUUUUUGGCAACGACUCUUUGCAGUGGAUUCAGUGGACUCACGCAGGCCCAGUUGCUCGACGAGGAUGAUGAUCUGGCCUUCGGCAGACCCUGGCCCACCUACAGCCUGCAGAACAUGCCCAAGACGCAGUUCACCUGCAGCGACAAGAUCCUGGGAGGCUACUACGCCGAUCCGGAGACCCAGUGCCAGAUGUUCCACGUCUGCGUCAAGCUGCCCGGAGUGGGGCUCCUACACCGAAGAGCUAAUCAGUUUGUCCAACAGGUGCAGGACUACCGCUUCCUUUGUCCCAACACGACAGCCUUUGACCAGGAGCUUCAGAUCUGCGCCAACUGGGUGGACGUGGACUGCGACAAGGCCACGUCCUUCUACGACCACGGCCACCUCAACGAUCUCUACCGCGCCGGCGACGAGAGCAAGUCGACCCACGAGGAGGAGCCCACCUUCCACCUGCAACGCGCCGAAACGGGCGAUGUGCGCCGCUCUAAGGAGAACCACAACAGCAACAACAGCAACAAUCGUGGCGGGGAGCAGAAGUCACGCCCUCGCCACAAUUACGCCCAGACAGGUAGCAGCUCCAGCUCCAGUUCCAAUCCCAAUUUGGAGAUCACGCAAUCAACGAAGCGACCCAUUUCCACCUAUUACACGCCGACCACUUUGGCCAGCAGUCCGAAGACCACGACAACCACAACUACAGCCACAUCUACAACCGAAAGAAACAACAACUAUUACAGCAACAAUUACAGCAACAACUACAACAACAAUGAUGACUCGAAGCAAGACAUAGAUGAUAUCUUCAAGGGUUCCCACAGCUCGCACUUCUUCUCUAAUCGCCAUGGGGGUCGGGAAUACGACGAGGAGCCCUCGCCCUCGAGAGCCAAACCCAAUGACUUCUCGGACUACCAAAGUCGCAAGAUUACACCAACUCGAGGAGGACAGCGAUCCACUAGUCCUAUUACCACUAGCACUGCUGCACCAGGAACCACCAAAUCCCUGAAGAAGAUUACCCUACAUGCCACGUUCAACACGGAUUUCCUGGACAAGACUUCCUCCAACAAUGGGGUCACCACUUCGCGUCCCAGCAGCAGCAUCACCAGUCGCUUUAGCUUCGGCUCCAGUGACUUUGCCACCCAGGAAAAGAUUCAACCCACCACCUACAAUCCCAACAAUGGAGCUUAUAGGUUCAAGACCACCACUUCACCAGCAAGCCAACAAAGUUCUACUAAAGUGACGGGCAAAGGAGUUCAGGAUUUCGAAAAGCGUAGCAAACCCACCACUUCCGCUGUGCGCAAACAGAAACUGGGUCCCCAGGAGUCCAACUACAUUAAUCAGAAUGAGUUCGUGGAGGUGUCGAAGAUGCCCAGGCCACAGCCUUUCCAGGUGCAGGUUUCCCAGAACAAGCCCAUUCAAUUGGAGCCACACUAUCAGCGACACAAGCCACAGGUGGGCAGAGUGGGUAACCAGGAGCCAGCUCCGUUUUCCGCACCCUCAAGUUCCAAGCCACGUUCGUUUACCAGCCGGGGCAGCAUUACCUACAAGGCCACCACCGAGCGUUAUGCGGACCAGGAGCUCUACUACCCAACUACUAGUGCCACAAGCAGGGCUAAAGAGGCCUACACACCCACCACUUUCCGACCCACCACCUAUAAGAAACCCUACGAGCAGAGCUACCAAACGCAGCUGACCCACCGACCCACAACCCAGGGGGUUUUUAAGAAGGCAACCACUUCGGCAACAGCACCACCACCCACGACAGCCAAUCCCAAUGUGGACGAGAACGAUGGUCAGUACCAUCCGGAGCUCUACGAGAAUGAUUUCCCGCGAAAUCGCAUACGGUUUCUGCGCAACCGAUCCACCAGUUCCACCAGCACCACCACCACAAGUGCUCCAGUCGCAGCAAGUAGACAGCCACAUGGCUUUUACGUGAAGCAGUCCAACAAUCAAAAGGAGAGGGAACGGGAAAGGGAAAGGGAUAGGGAUUCAGACCUCAGUGAUGAGGAGGAGCUCUUUAAUACCGCCCAAUCCCUAAACUUCGGGGCAGCCAGCAUCAACAAAUUGAGGGCGGACAUCUACAAGGCGGAAAAGACCUCGCAGCAGUACAACUCACAGUACAGUCCGCAGCUGGCGGCAUCUAGUCCGCAGGCCAGCAGUAGUAGCACCACUAGCACCACUACCAGUACCACUAGUACUACCACCAGCACCACCACCCGACGCCCAACGACCACAGCCAGAACCACAACCACUGUCACCACAAGUGCACCACCCAAACAAGUGGACGCCAAGAAAUCCGUGAAGAGCAAAAAGGAGCAGCUGCAGCUGGAGAAGAAGGAGCGACCUGGUGGCAAGAGGCCACCAUAUGCGGACGAGGACACCAGCUACGACUACGCCUACUACGACACGGACUGAGCUGAGCUGAGCUGAGCUGAGCUUGUCCUGCCCAACUACUCGAUAGCCCCCAAUUCCAUAGCAACCCCCCAAAUAGGUGCCACAGUAUUUUAAACAGCCAGUUAUUCCCCCACCAUGCUCAUCACAACUCUACAACAGGGGUGCUCACUUGGAUUAGCGAUUAAAAACAAAACAAACUCAAUGUAUUGGGUAGGCUUGAGCACCCCUGCUCUAAACGCUAAACUAUAAAAUCCAUAUCCAUAUCCAUAUCCAUAUGCAUAUCUUAUUUACGAACCGCUUGAACACCCAUUAACACUCGCGUACAUUCAUUCAAUCCGUUUCAGAUGCGUUCUAAUGAAUUUCCAUGCGUGUAUCUAGUUAUUUAAAUGAAAGGAAUAUAUUUUUAGUCUUUAGACAAUUGUUGAAUUAAAGCGAAAACUAAUUGGCUUGGCAGCGAAAAUCGUAUCGAGAACCGGAAGAAAGGAAGUUUUUAAGGAAUUGACAUUGAAGCAUUUUAUACUUGUUGUCUAAUAUUCAAUGAAUUAUCUACGAAAUUGUAUUAGCAUUAAGUUUUCUUGUAAAUAAAAUGAAAUGUAAAUCGUAAAA